CCGACCAUUCGGCAACACGAAAUAAUCAGAUUCAUCCGGGGUACGCAGAGUAUUUAAAAAGAACCGCAAGAGCCAGAUAGCCCGCCACAGUCCCAAUUCCGUCUUUUGUACAAGUACUGUUAACGCACUUGCUGUCAACGCACUUUUAGAAUUCCAAGUUGACAUACGAUACCUUUUUUCAUUUGGUUUCUUUCCGACACCCGUUUUCCUAGUUUGUUCACCUCUAGCAUAACACAGUAGGAUAUAGUACCUCCCGGCUGCGUCAGCAACAAUGUCUGCCAAGCCCAUUCGUGAAUACGACGGAAAGCACCUUCUCGCCUACUGGCUCCCACGACUGACUCACCCAGACGCUGAAUCUUCACAGCCAACUUCGCCCGCAGAAAAUGGCUCCUAUCCGAACAUAAAAGACUCUUCUCCCGCUUUCCUUGCACCAAACCGCAUGGUCCAUAUUUCGUUUGAUGUUUCCCUCGUAGAAAAUGAAACUGUAUUCAAAAAACACGUCGAAGAAACUUUCGACAGGGCAGAGAAAGAAAAUCCUUGGGUAAAGGAGGACAAAUUGGUUUGCAAGCCAGAUCAAUUGAUAAAGCGGCGAGGAAAGAAUGGCCUGUUGGGUAUUGGGCUGGAUUGGAAUGGGGUUAAAGAGUGGAUAAGGACAAGAGCGGGCAAGAUUUUCAAGCUCGAGAAAACUGGUGGCCUUCUGCACACCUUCUUAGUGGAACCUCUUUGCAUCCACCCUCCAGAGUCCGAAUACUACGUUGCCAUCAAUUCUGUUCGUGAAGGAGAUUGGAUUCUUUUUACGCAUGAGGGAGGCGUUGACGUCGGUGAUGUCGAUGCGAAGGCACGGAAGAUCUUGGUUGAAGUCAACAAACCAUUCCCAACUGCGGAAAAGCUUUCAAAGGCACUCUUGCAUGACGUCAAGUCUGAUUCCCAGAAGGCGACGCUCGUCGACUUCAUCACUCGUCUCUAUGCGGUUUACACUGACCUUCAAUUCACAUAUCUGGAAAUCAAUCCUCUGGUGGUUUUAGAAUCCGUAGAUGGAAAGGCACCGCAAGUUUUCUACCUGGACCUUGCCGCAAAACUCGAUCAAACUGCUGAAUUUGAAUGUGGAAAGAAAUGGGCCAUUGCUCGGCAACACGCCUAUCCACAGACUGGAACCAGCCCAUCAUGGGGACCCGCUAUUGAGUUCCCGGCUCCGUUUGGACGAGAGCUUACCAAAGAAGAAGCUUACAUCGCUGACUUGGAUGCUAAGACCGGAGCAUCUUUGAAACUUACAGUUUUAAAUCCCUCCGGUCGGAUAUGGACUAUGGUUGCUGGUGGAGGUGCAUCAGUGGUAUAUUCUGACGCCAUUGCAGCCCUUGGUUAUGCCCACGAACUGGCCAACUACGGUGAAUACUCUGGCGCUCCAUCGGAGUCUCAAACGUACGAAUACAGUAAAACGAUUUUGGACUUGAUGACCCGAGGAGCCCCUCAUCCUGAAGGAAAAUUCCUUUUCAUCGGAGGAGGUAUCGCGAACUUCACCAAUGUUGCUGCAACGUUCAAGGGCAUUAUCCGAGCGUUGAAGGAAUACCAGCGGUCUUUACAAAACCACAAGGUGAAGAUCUACGUUCGCCGUGCCGGUCCAAAUUAUCAAGAAGGACUUCGUCUUAUGCGGACACUGGGAGAGAAUCUGGGGGUAGAUAUCAAUGUCUUUGGGCCUGAGAUGCACGUGACAGGUAUCGUUCCUCUCGCCUUGAAGGGCAUUCAUUCCCAAUCGCCAAAUCCUACUGCGGCUGUGGAAUCGACGGGCAAUGGGCUUUUGGAUAUCUCAACGCCAACACCACCUCCGGUUGCAUUGGACCGUGUUGGUGGGAUGGCAGGUGCAACACCCAACGAAAACGCUGCUGUCACUAAGGCAACAAGUCCCGCUCUCCCUCGUUCGGUCGUGCCCUUCACGUCUCGAACUCGUUCUUUCAUCUACGGGAUGCAGCCUCGUGCGGUCCAAGGCAUGCUGGAUUUCGAUUUCAUGUGUAAUCGUGAGCAACCCUCUGUUGCAUGUAUGAUAUACCCCUUCGGCGGCCAUCACGUUCAGAAAUUCUACUGGGGCACCAAGGAAAUGUUGGUGCCGGUGUACACAACAGUCACCGAAGCCAUUGAAAGAUUUCCAGACGUAGAUGUUGUGGUCAAUUUUGCAUCCUGUAGAAGUGUGUAUGAGAGUACUCGCGAGCUUAUGCUGUACCCUCAACUGAAGACGAUAGCGAUUAUUGCCGAAGGAGUGCCGGAGAAGCGCGCUCGCCAGCUCCUUCACGAAGCUCAAGAAAAGGGAAUUCUUAUAAUCGGACCCGCCACUGUCGGUGGCAUUAAGCCAGGAUGCUUCAAGAUUGGAAACACCGGAGGAAUGAUGGAUAAUAUUGUGUCCUCCAAGCUUUACCGCGCCGGUUCCGUUGCUUAUGUCUCCAAAAGUGGCGGAAUGUCCAAUGAGCUGAACAACAUCAUAUCCCGGGCCACUGAUGGAGUCUACGAGGGCGUUGCUAUAGGUGGUGAUAGAUACCCAGGAUCAACAUUCAUUGACCACAUGCUUAGAUACGAGAAGGAUCCAGCGGCCAAGAUUUUGGUCCUGUUGGGCGAGGUUGGUGGAGUUGAAGAGUACCAUCUCGCGCAAGCCGUAAAGGACGGACGUAUCACCAAACCCGUGGUAGCGUGGUGCAUUGGAACUUGUGCAAAGAUGUUCACAACUGACGUCCAGUUCGGGCACGCUGGAAGUUUUGCCAACUCUGACCUCGAAACGGCGGAUGCGAAGAACUCAACUCUGCGCUCUUCCGGUGUGAUCGUCCCAGAAACGUUCGAAGAUCUUCCAGAAACCUUGCAUAAGGUGUACACAUCUCUCGUCGCUAACAAGACAAUUGCACCCCUCCGCGAACCGCCGGCACCCAAAAUUCCCAUCGACUAUUCAUGGGCGCAAGAGCUCGGUCUCAUCCGUAAGCCAGCCUCGUUCAUUUCAACUAUUUGCGAUGACCGAGGGCAAGAAUUACUGUACGCUGGAAUGGCCAUUAGCGAAGUUUUCAAGGAAGAUAUUGGCAUCGGUGGCGUGUUGAGCUUGCUUUGGUUCAAGAGACGGCUGCCUGCCUACGCGUGCAAAUUCAUCGAGAUGGUUUUGAUGUUGACAGCGGAUCAUGGCCCAGCUGUAAGUGGAGCGCAUAAUACAAUCGUGACCGCUCGUGCUGGGAAGGACUUGAUUUCCUCCCUUGUGGCUGGUCUCCUUACCAUUGGGGACCGUUUCGGUGGGGCACUUGAUGGAGCCGCAAGAGAUUUCUCGGGAGCGUACGAUGCUAACCAAACCCCGUCGGACUUUGUAACGUCAAAGCGCAAAGCUCACCAGCUCAUUCUCGGUAUUGGGCACAAGAUCAAGUCCCGUACCAACCCUGAUCUUCGCGUGGAGAUUGUCAAGGAAUACGUUCUCAAAAAUUUCCCGUCAGCCGAUGUGUUCCGGUACGCGCUGGAAGUCGAAAAGAUCACAACCAGCAAAAAGGAUAAUCUGAUCCUCAAUGUCGAUGGUGCUGUUGGUGUUGCAUUUGUCGAUCUUUUGCGAGGAUGCGGUGCAUUUUCCAGAGAGGAAGCCGAAGAGUAUAUCAAGAUCGGCACGCUGAAUGGCUUGUUUGUUUUGGGACGGUCAAUUGGAUUCAUUGGGCACUACCUAGAUCAGAAGAGGUUAAAACAAGGAUUGUACAGGCAUCCUUGGGAUGAUAUUAGCUAUUUAACCCCGGAGCAAGAUGGAGGCAUGAGAACACUGGCGGAGGGCAAUGUAGUAGUGGAGAAAGGAACUGAAAGGGGAUAAACGGCGUGAGUUGGGCUUGGAGAGUAUGCGAUUUUGAUAUCUUUGAAUAUAUGUUAGAAUUCUUGUCUAUAAAGAUUUUGCGAAAUGAAGUUGUUGGCCAGGAAUGUUACGAAAUGCGCAUGAAU